AUCUGGUGGAAGAAAAGUCAGGCAAACACAAGCACGCACACACCACUGGGAGAUCAGAUCUUCUAGCUGGCUCUCUGCUGCCACAGCUCCGCCGAAGGGAGGGGGUGGAAGAGGAGGACUAAACUCAGAGCUGAGAGGAGAGGCAGGUGUGUUCAGGUGCAUCACCUGGAUCAUGAGGUCACCCCUCUGCUGGCUCCUCCCACUUCUCAUCUUGGCCUCAGUGGCCCAAGGCCAGCCAACAAGACGACCAAGACCUGGGACUGGGCCCGGGCGCAGACCCAGGCCCAGGCCCAGGCCCACACCCAGCUUUCCUCAGCCUCAUGAACCAGCAGAGCCAACAGACCUGCCUCCUCCCCUCCCUCCAGGCCCUCCAUCUAUCUUCCCUGACUGUCCCCGCGAAUGCUACUGCCCCCCUGAUUUCCCAUCUGCCCUCUACUGUGAUAGCCGCAACCUGCGAAAGGUCCCUGUCAUCCCGCCCCGGAUCCAUUACCUCUAUCUCCAGAACAACUUCAUCACUGAGCUCCCGGUGGAGUCCUUCCAGAAUGCCACAGGACUGCGAUGGAUUAACCUGGACAACAACCGAAUCCGCAAGAUAGACCAGAGGGUGCUGGAGAAACUGCCCGGCCUGGUGUUCCUCUACAUGGAGAAGAACCAGUUGGAAGAGGUCCCCUCGGCCCUGCCCCGGAACCUGGAGCAGCUGAGGCUGAGCCAGAACCACAUCUCCAGAAUCCCGCCUGGUGUCUUCAGCAAGCUGGAGAACCUGCUGCUCCUGGAUCUCCAGCACAACAGGCUGAGUGAUGGCGUCUUCAAGCCCGACACCUUCCAGGGCCUCAAGAAUCUCAUGCAGCUCAAUCUGGCCCACAACAUCCUGAGAAAGAUGCCGCCCAGGGUCCCCACCGCCAUUCACCAGCUCUACCUGGACAGUAACAAGAUUGAGACCAUCCCUAACGGAUACUUCAAGAGCUUUCCCAAUCUUGCCUUCAUUCGGCUUAACUACAACAAGCUGACAGACAGGGGACUCCCCAAGAACUCCUUUAAUAUCUCCAACCUGCUCGUGCUCCACCUGUCUCACAACAGGAUCAGCAGUGUGCCCGCCAUCAACAACAGGCUGGAACACCUGUACCUCAACAACAAUAGCAUCGAGAAAAUCAACGGAACCCAGAUUUGCCCCAACGACCUAGUGGCGUUCCAUGACUUCUCCUCGGACCUGGAGAACGUGCCACACCUGCGCUACCUGCGGCUGGAUGGAAACUACCUGAAGCCGCCCAUUCCGCUGGACCUCAUGAUGUGCUUCCGCCUCCUGCAGUCCGUGGUCAUCUAGGCUCUACUCCGCCACGGGAUCUGCUCGGACCGCACUUGAAGGCUGGGGCCCAGGCGCCUGUGCCCGCCAUUCGUUUUCUCUCUCUCCCUUUCUUUCUCCCAGCUUUGCCUCUCUUAUCCCACCCUCGAGGCAGGGAAAAGCCAUCUAUUGUUCUGCAGCCUCAGGAGCGAGACUUCCAAGGGCUCAGUUUGGUCCCACCCAGUUGAAAGACACCCAGUGCACACCCAAACUCCUGGCCUUCUGUGGUUUCCCUUUGCUCCAGAAACACAGAUGUGUCUAAAGAC